GGCGAGAGGAGUGGAAGGGAGAGGAGGAGCGGAGAGCGAGUAGCCGAGGCCGAGGCGAAAGCAGGACACGCACGCUAACGUCGAGUCCGAAUACGGAGCACAGAGAUAAAGCUUUAGCGUUAUCCCCGACACCGUCGUCGGCAGCGCCAUAGACGCCCACGAGAGCGCAGCGCAGCAUUCUGAAGUGCGACGACGGACGGACGCAAGCUCGCAGACGAGGGCAGUGAGGACUCGAUUCGGGCAUUGGUGCUCUAAGGCGCUCUUGAAAUUGGGUUGUCGGACGCGCGGAGGAGCUCGAGGAGUUGAAUAGGAGGGCCGUCGAGAUGGCGCUGGCGCUAGGUAGUCCAGCGGUGACAGGAUUGGAUGCUGGAGCGCAGGGAUUCGGGAGGAAGCAGGGAUUUAGAAGUGGUUUUGUUGCCGGAGAGGGUAGUCGCUUAGGGUUCAUUGGAGCUUCGGUUUGUGGAGAGAAGCGGGUCGCCGCUGUGGCGGGGUCCUCUGGACGGAGUACUAAUGGCGUGCAGAAAGCGCUUGGUGUGCGAGCAUCUCUCGACCGGAUCCCAAAGCAGUUUCGGGAGCAGAAUUUGAAGGAAGGAGUUAUGGAAAACUUUAAGAAUUUUCCGACCAAUCUUUACGGGCUGAAUCCAACUCAGAUGGAUAUGUUCAUGACCGAAGAUAGUCCCAUGAAGAGACAGUCUGAAAAAGUUACUGAGGAGACUAUUGCAUCUGCUAGACAUUACAAAGAAGGCACCGGCAUGUGGAAUAUCUCUGACUUGGAUAACGCACCAUCUCGAUUGAGCAUGAGCGUCAGCAUGUACCGUGGUGGUGGUGGGGGUGGUUUCGGAAGGCCUAAAACUGCUCCACCAGAUCUUCCCUCGCUUUUGUUAGACUCCCGAAUCUGCUAUUUGGGAAUGCCGAUUGUACCUGCCGUUACUGAACUCAUAGUAGCUGAGUUAUUGUGGUUGGACUACGACAAUCCUCAAAAGCCUAUCUAUUUCUACAUUAAUUCAUCAGGCACACAGAACGAGAAGCGUGAGAGUAUUGGUUUCGAAACCGAAGCUUAUUGUAUUGCCGAUACAAUUGCGUAUGUAAAAUCUAAGGUGUACACCGUCAACUGUGGACAAGCUUUUGGACAAGCAGCAAUGUUGUUGUCUAUUGGUGAGAAGGGGUAUCGUGCCGUUCAGCCUAACUCUGUUACCAAGUUGUACUCACCGAAGGUGAACCAAUCUCAAGGUCCAGCUAUCGACAUGUGGAUUAAGGCAAAGGAGCUUGAUGCCAAUACAGAUUACUACGUAGACCUAUUGGCACAGGGAACCGGUAAGAGUCGUGAGGAAAUUGCGAACGACAUCAAGAGGCCCAAGUAUUUCAGGGCGCAGGAAGCCAUCGAAUAUGGUCUCGCAGAUAAGGUUAUUGAAAGCAGAGGAGUCGCGAUGGAGAGGAAGAACUACGAUGAGAUGCUCGCUCAGUCAAAGGCCAUGAGGGAGAAAUAUUCGAGGCCAGGAGCACAAUCCGCUCCCGCAGGCCCAAGAUAAAUAGGGAGUUGCCAGACAAUUGGUGAAAAUUGUAGAAUUAUUUUACAUAACUCUCUGAUUAUGUAGAACUUCAACUUGUACCAUUACAGAGGAAGCUCAUGAUAUGUGUAUAUCAAAGGUGUCAUGGUAUGAUUGUGGUGUACUAAGUAGUUAGUACGAUGUGGAGAACCAGUUUUCUCAUGUGUAUAAAAGCUAAGUUCAGCCAUGUUGGUCUUUG